CGUGUAUCUCUAAGAACGCUCGCUUGACCCAGGGGCGUUUUCUGUGAACCAGUGAUCGUCCGAGCUUCACUCAAGUUGAUAGUCAUCGUGACUUGUAUUAGAGCGGUUGCCAAUUCAAUGUACAAAUGAUUGGGAGCGCGUUACUUGCCGAUAUGAAACAACUCGAAUAUAUCCGAGUAUUUAUGUACACAUUUCCAAAGGCUAAUUCCGCUCCCAGUGAGAUAAAUUCCAGCGGGCGGGGCGGCUAUGCCAAUCCAAGAUAUCCUCAGCAAGAUCAAACCCUCCCGAGGGGCGGCUAUGCCAAUCCAAGAUAUCCUCAGCAAGAUCAAAUCCUCCCGAGGGGCGGCUAUGCCAAUCCAAAGAUAUCCUCAGUGAGAUCAAAUCCUCCCUGGGAGGGGCGGCUAUGCCAAUCCAAUACACCCCUCCACAUAUUCUUAGCAUACCCGGGUUUUCGACUCGUGUACAGCCACCACAACGAGUAUCAUCUUGCGGCUCAGGGAGGCAUGUACUUAUGCUUUACCUGAUAUGACCUCCAAGUUUCAGAGCCUUACUCUUCGUAGUUAGUGAGAAGUCAAAGACCGGUAAAAAGUUCUGUCCACAUAUUCUCAGCAUACACGUGUUAAAAUUGCGCCUCAAAAUACCAACUUUUACUGGGGGAGUAUAUUUAUAACUCCGCUCCUGAUCUAAUGCUAUACAUCAACAGAAAGAGAAUCGUUCAUAAUGGUAUCCCUCCAUGUUUCACUCUCAUAAAACGACACAUAAUUUUCCUAGUUAAGGUGGGAUGAGGAACAAGGUGCGUAUAUAGUAAGAAUUAAGAUGGGGCCUCCUAGAGGAGGCAUCCCGAUUAGUGA